AUGAAAAGAAUAUCUGCUGCUUGGAUUGUUGCAUCAGUAUAUGCCCCCAUUGUCUGCCAUCCCAUCGUUUUCAUAGGCUCCUUCAAAUUCGUCGCAUAUACAAUCAAUAGUGCCAAAGUGGUGUUCAUCAAGAAAAGACCUCAGAACAGGCAAUUCAAGGGUUCUGGAAACAACUGCACUUCCUGUGACAGAAGUCUUCAAGAACCUUAUAUCCAUUGCUCUCUUGGAUGCAAGGUGGACUAUCUCCUUAAAUUGAACAAGGGCCUCUCUCCUUUCCUAAAGAAAUGCAACUCUCUUCAACUCAGUCCUGACUUCUUGGUUCCUCUUUCUGAUACCGGAGACGAGGAGAUGACGAGUGAUCAGACCAACCCUCAUUCUACAAUUGUGGACUGCGAUGACCCAAUGAGCUCAUCAUCAUCCGGGUCAUCAGGGUCCGAGAACAUGAGCAUGAGCAUGAACAUGGGAUACAGACAUCAUGAGAUUGUCCGGAAGAAGAGAAGUGGACUGAAUUAUGCUUCAUUGUGCGGAAGAUCAGCUCAUAAAGUUUCAGACGAGGACAUGGCCUCGAGCAUGAUCAGUAGAAGAAAACGCAUUCCUCAUAGAUCUCCUCUGUGUUAG